AUGGCUUCAGAGGCUCAGGGUACCGAUGUGGAGACGUUCGCUUUCCAGGCUGAGAUCAACCAGCUGCUCAGUCUGAUUAUCAACACCUUCUACAGCAACAAGGAGAUCUUCCUUCGCGAGCUCAUCUCCAAUGCAUCUGACGCCUUGGACAAGAUUCGGUUCGAGUCGCUAACGGACAAGAGCAAGCUGGACAAGCAGCCGGAGCUGUUCAUCCACAUCGUUCCCGACAAGACCAACAAGACCCUCACCAUCAUCGACUCUGGCAUCGGCAUGACCAAGGCUGAUCUGGUGAACAAUCUCGGAACCAUCGCGCGAUCGGGCACCAAGUCGUUCAUGGAGGCUCUAUCAGCGGGCGCGGACAUCAGCAUGAUCGGGCAGUUCGGCGUGGGGUUCUACUCGGCGUACCUGGUGGCGGACAAGGUGGUGGUGCACACCAAGCACAAUGACGACGAGCAGUACAUCUGGGAGUCGCAGGCCGGCGGCUCCUUCACCGUCGCGCGCGACACCGGCGAGGAUCUCGGUCGCGGAACGAAAAUCGUGCUGCACCUGAAGGAGGAUCAACAGGAGUAUCUCGAGGAGCGACGCCUCAAGGACCUGGUGAAGAAGCACAGCGAGUUCAUCAGCUACCCGAUCUCCCUCUGGGUGGAGAAGACGACUGAGAAGGAGGUGGACGAGGAGGACGAGGAGGAGGAGAAGGAGGAGGAGGAGGGCAAGGUGGAGGACGUGGAGGAGGAGGAGAAGAAGGAGAAGAAGACGAAGAAGGUGAAGGAGACGACGAGCGAGUGGGAGCUGAUGAACAAGCAGAAGCCGGUGUGGAUGCGCAACCCGGACGAGGUAUCAAAGGAGGAGUACGCGGCCUUCUACAAGAGCCUCAGCAACGACUGGGAGGAGCCGCUCGCGUACAAGCACUUCUCCGUUGAAGGCCAGCUUGAAUUCAAGUCGAUCCUGUUCGUGCCGAAGCGGGCGCCGUUCGACCUGUUCGACGGGAAGAAGAAGGCGAACAACAUCAAGCUGUACGUGCGGCGCGUGUUCAUCAUGGACAACUGCGAAGAGAUCAUCCCCGAGUACCUGGGCUUCAUCAAGGGCAUCGUCGACUCCGAGGACCUCCCGCUCAACAUCUCCCGCGAGAUGCUCCAGCAGAAUAAGAUCCUCAAGGUGAUUAAGAAGAACAUCGUGAAGAAGUGUCUGGAGCUGUUCGCGGAGAUCGAGGAGAACAAGGAGGACUACGCCAAAUUCUACGAGGCGUUCGGUAAGAACCUGAAGCUGGGCAUCCACGAGGACUCGCAGAACCGCGCCAAGCUGGCUGACCUGCUGCGCUACCACAGCACCAAGUCCGGCGAGGAGAUGACGUCCCUCAAGGACUACGUCACGCGCAUGAAGGAGGGGCAGUCCGUGAUCUACUACAUCACGGGCGAGAGCCGCAAGGCGGUGGAGAACUCGCCAUUCCUGGAGAAGCUGAAAAAGCGCGGGUACGAGGUGCUGUUCAUGGUGGAUCCCAUUGAUGAGUAUGCCGUGCAGCAGCUUAAGGAGUACGAUGGGAAGAAGCUCGUGUCUGCCACCAAGGAGGGUCUGAAGUUGGAGGAGACGGAGGAGGAGAAGAAGAAGCUUGAGGAGACCAAGGCGGCUUUCGAGCCCCUUUGCAAGCUGAUGAAGGAUAUCCUGGGCGACAAGGUGGAGAAGGUGCAGGUGUCGGAUCGCAUUGUGGAUUCGCCGUGCUGCCUGGUGACAGGCGAGUAUGGGUGGAGUGCGAACAUGGAGCGGAUCAUGAAGGCGCAGGCGCUGAGGGACAGCAGCAUGAGCAGCUACAUGAUGAGCAAGAAGACCAUGGAGAUUAACCCCGAGAAUGGCAUAAUCCAGGAGCUGAAGAAGCGCGCUGAUGCGGAUAAGUCGGAUAAGACUGUGAAGGAUCUUGUGCUGCUGCUCUUCGAAACUGCCCUUCUCACCUCGGGAUUCAGCCUGGAGGAGCCCAACACGUUUGGCGGCCGCAUUCACCGCAUGAUCAAGCUGGGUCUGAGCAUUGACGACGACAUCCCUGCUGAUGACGAUGCUGACAUGCCUGCUCUUGACGAGGGUGCGGAUGAGGGCUCCAAGAUGGAGGAGGUCGACUAA